AUGUCGUCGCUUGGGGCGUGGUACGGAGAAGGGACCACUUGUGAUUGCCGGCUAGAUUUUACCCAUUGGGUACCCAGACAUGUUUUGCUGCACGAUACGGACAAGAAAGAACGGGGGCUGAUAAAUGCAUCGAUUGUGUGGUGUGUCGGCGGGGAACUGCAAAACAUUUCAUUGUUGGAUGCUGUAACUAGCUACGACGCCACAUGUCUGGAAGAUUCAGCUAUUACGGCUUCUUCAGCAGUGAUUUUCCAAGAAAUCCUGAACUUUAAAACAUUUGGUUCCCAAACGAAGCUCUUGGAAUUAGUAGUUAGCAUUGAUCGUCACGAUCACCCCGGCACCUUCGACAGAACCCUUUCCCACAUCAAUCCCCCCGCAUUCCUGCAAACCCUGCAUCGGUACCAACGGCUCCCCACGACACUGCACUGGAGUCCGUUUUGA